AUGUUCUGGUCAUCGAAGUCCAGCAUCAGCUCAAACUACUCGUAUUCGUCGUCCCCUACGUUCACUGCAGAGCCAUGGAGCGUCCACGCGGGGAGGGCCAAGAAUGGGUCCUCCGCGAACACCUCUGCUAGAGUGUCGGUGUUCAUAUUCGAUAAGAGACACUUCGAGAACUUUCUCCUCACGUCAGGUGCUAUCAAGUCUAAGUCUUCUUCGAAGGACAAGCAGUUUAUUCUGAGCGCAUACGACAUCCUGCGCGCACAAGUCAACCAGCUGGCUAAACUUAAGCACCCUAACAUCCUGGCCUUGAUUGAGCCGCUCGAGGAGCACUCUAAAAACUUCAUGUUUGUGUCGGAAUACGUGACGGGAAACCUCGAGUCUGUUUUUGGCGACAAAGUCUCCGACGAACUCGACUUCCUGAAGCAAACCCGUGAUUCAGGCUCUUCGGAUGUUGUGGUCCAGCGUGGCAUCUUGCAAGUAGCUCAAGGACUCGAUUUCAUUCACAACCGUGCCAACUCGGUCCUUCUGGAUCUGAGGCCUGCAUCUAUACUUGUAAGCGAAAACUCCGAUUGGAAGAUUGCAGGGCUGGGUCACCUCGCAAAGCUGCCUUCCGGUUCCAACACCGGCCAGUAUACACCUGACUUCAACCCCCGCUUCCCUCAUUUCAUGCACAUCCCGCUGAAUUACAGCGCGCCUGAGAUAAUCAUGGAAAACAUGCUCACGCCCAAGAACGACUUCUUUUCCCUUGGGCUUCUGAUUUAUUUCUUGUACUACAAGAAGAACCUGUUUUCUUGCCAAGACUACAUCGGAGACUAUAAAGAAGACUACAGCAAAUAUGAACGAGACUUGGUGCGCCUAUCUUUCGAGAAUGUCUUCUCAAAGGUCCCUCAAAAGCUGCGGUUCAACCUACCAAAAUUGAUGAAUAGAGAUGUGUUCUCUAGGUUCGACAACAUAACAGAAUUCCUCGACAUUGAGUUCUUUCAGGAUCCAUUGGUCAAGACGCUCGCGUUCUUGGACGACCUACCAACCAAGGACUCUCAAGAAAGAAGCAUUUACCUCCAAGGUCUUCUAGAUAUACUCCCACAGUUUCCGUCUCAAAUUUUACAGAAAAAGUUUCUUACCGUUUUGCUGGAGUUACUAGAUCAAAUGUGCUCUUCAGAGGUCAUUGAUUCUAAGUGCUUGAAUACCCUAUUGACUGUAAUUUCUAAGAUUGGUAUGACUCUCUCACAACUUUCCUUUCAAGAAAGGGUCUACCCACAUUUCGCGGCAAAAAACAACUUUAGUAAGCUUCUCGAGAACGCCACUCGAAGUCUUAUUGACAACAUAGACAUUCUCCAAGAAAAAAUCAAGGGCGAUUUAUUUGUCGAAAAGGUUUUAAAACCGCUGUGCACGUACGUUUUUUCUAAGAAUAAUGGGGAGGAUGCAGUUCAGCUACAAGAGUCUUUGAUGGGCAAGUUGGAUGUUAUUUUAAAGUCUUUCGACUUCCCCACGGUCAAAAACUUCCUUUUCACGCUGCUGUCGCAGCUGUUCGUCAAAACAACCAGUCUUACGGUCAAGAACGCGUGUGUUGCCAGCUUUAAAAAAAUGAUAGAGCUCAAGACUCUGGACAAGUACACGUGUGUGGAGGACGUUUUGCCGCUUUUUAAGUCAAUGAAAACGCGAGACUCAAGAAUACUAAUGAAAAGCUUAGAGCUCUUACAGCUCUUUCCUUCGGUUGUCGAGAAUGAGGACGUGCUCGUCGAGCAGGUCUUGCCGCUUCUGUGGAAUUUCUCAAUGGCCAUGACGUUGAAGCCCAACCAGUACCUGGCUUAUAAUACAGCGAUUAACAAAAUCAGCGGCGACAUCCAGCGGGUUCAUCUCCAGAAGCUUAAGGAGACCACAGGCCACCAAAUGGCGGGAGAAGAGGCAGACUUCAGCAAAGUCAUCGAGAAGCCCGUCCAGAAACCCCGAGACCCGGAUGCGCAGGCCUCGCGCAGCAUCAGUGUUCCGGCCAUGAUGCCUAAAUCUACCCCAUCUGCGCAAACGCCCCCAAUUACGCCGCGACCUCGCACAAAACAACCUUCGAAGCCCCUUGUGUUAACAAAGGGCUCUGCGUCUGCCGCUUCGCGUCUCCCUUCGCGCUCCGCUCCCAAAAAGCUACCAACACCACCUCCAAAGACCACCGCGGAACCCGAUCCAGAUGAUUUCGACGAUUUUGUUACUUCGCCGUCUUCCCCAGUGAUAAACACCUCAGCUCAAAGCUCGCCGUCUUUUCCGCCAGGCUUCUCGAUGGCUAUUCAGCCUCAAAGGAAGCCCUCGUCCCUUCAGAGCUCUUCCUUCGUCCAGGACCAGUCCUCGUUACUGUAA